ACGAUAAUACCGGACGGACCGAACGAUGCAAACGGGGAACAAAGAUGGCGCUGCCCUUAUUAAGAAGAGGCUACUGUUGUAGAUUACCUUCAUUACUCAAGAUCACCAGUCAUCCAAAACCCGAGCGUCUGUUUCUGACCCGACCUGGUAACACGCAGCUGUCCCUCGUCGGAGCGGUGUCCUCGCCCCGCUGCUACAGCUCAGAUGGUCCCAGACCCCACCAGAAGGUGAUGGUCCUGGGGAUCCCAAACCCCCUCAUCUGGGUCCGGACCCGGUUCUAUUACCUCCUGAUCAGGGCAUACUUUGACAAGGAGUUCAGGAUCGAGGAGUUCACCGAGGGGGCCAAACAGGCGUUUGCCCACGUGUCCAGACUGCUGUCCGAGUGUCAGUUUGAUGCCUUGGAAGGCCUGGUAGCACAGGAUUUGGUCGCAAAGCUGGAGGAAAAAUGCAACCUUCUCCAAGAGAGUCACAAGCAGGCUCUGUUGGCGAGCCCUGACAACAUCAUGUAUACAACACCUAGCGAUGUGGGCAUUUACUAUGACGAUGAUGGGAGAAAAUUUGUCAGCAUUCUCAUGCGCUUUUGGUAUCUGACGAGUGCCCGGCUUCCGGAUGACCCCAUGGAGGGGUCGCGCAUCUUCAAAAUGGCCCUUGGUACCGAGGGGCAGUCGGAGAGUAAACGACUGUUAACAGCUAACUACGAGUUUCAGAGGGAGUUCACCAAGGGUGUGGCCCCAGACUGGACUAUCACCAGGAUAGAACACUCCAAACUGUUGGACUGAGAACACGGCGCUUCGGGGUCUCAGGUCGUCACAGCGACAGAGAACCAGCUCCCUCCUGGUACCGGUUCAUCAACCGGAAUACAAGGAGUGUCUUUUGGGCGUCAGAUCUCCAUGUGGGCCAUCCAGAGGGGAUGGCUGUAGACAUCAGGCCAACUUCUGGGUGUUUUGACAGACUUUGAUUUAUACAGUAUGGACUGUAGCAGUAUCCGAUUGUUCUACAGUGGUGACCAGAGAUGUAAUCAUCAAUUUAUUAUAUAGUCUUUCCUAAUGGGGGGCUCAUGGUGGUCCUCACCAGGGUAUGUCCUGCAGAUCCAUCACUAUGAGAAGGAGAAGUAUGGGUCUCCACCUGAGAGUUUGUUGUUGUGUGAUAUAUGCAGAUUAAAUAACAUGUUUGUCAAAAUAAAUCACCCAUUUAAGGACCCACCCUUCAUGUUCUUAGUGUAAAACCACUCCCCUCAUUAAUACUUGCAUAUCUUGUCAGAUCUCCCUUCAUCCUGUGUAUGUGAAGAUGGUGAAUACACUUAUGUAUUAUCCCUAAUUCUAUUGAAAAAUCAGUAGCGUCUUAUUUUUUUCAUAUACAAUAUCUUGAAAGUUUUGUAACAACUGCAAUCGUUUAAUUAAGGUAUAUGAUAAUGCAUUUUUAAUUUCCUCCCGGGCAGCAGAAGAAAGAUGCUUUAUUAAAUUAAACCGAACUUAAAUGGCUAAUAA